AUGUCUAAUUCACAACCUACUCCGAAAUGGAGCACCGCGCCUGCAAACGACGCCUCUUCCUCAUCCUCGCCCCUCGAAUCUCCCUCCGCCGAAGAUGCGCCAUGGUCCAGAACCCGCCAGUCGUCGAUCCGCCGUCUGUCCGAGCCGAGAGUCCGCGUCGAUCCGUCCCUCACUGGACAGGCACAGCGCCUCUGGAACCAGUACUACAACAUGGCCCUUGGCCUUGUCGAGCAAUACUUUGAAUUGGAAUUCAAGUUCCAGCUCGCCAUUGGAGCCUUCCUCGCGCUUCUCUUCGUCCUCGGCAUCUUGACCAUUCUCUACCACAAGGCCUUCUUUGCCUGGCUGGGUCCAGUGUCCGAGACAUGGUACAACCUGCCCGGCGGUUGGCUCAUCGCCUUUGCUUUCAUCUUUAUUACCGCUUUUCCCCCCGUUGUACUAUACUCGGUGGCCAACACUGUUGCUGGCUUCGUCUAUGGCUUUCCCGGCGGCUGGCCGAUUGCCGCCUCGGCUUGCGUUAUUGGCAGCCUGUGCGCCUUCAUCGCCAGUAGAACUAUCCUGGGAUCAUACGUCAAUCGUCUCGUUGGAAAGGAUGCUCGGUUCAUUGCUCUGGGUCAGGUGCUCCGAAAGGAAGGGCUCCUUUACCUUACGGCUAUCCGUUUCUGCCCUCUACCCUUCAGCCUGAGCAACGGCUUCCUGGCCACUAUCCCCAGUAUUACGCCUCUUGCGUUUGCUCUCUCAACACUCUUCUCCACUCCCAAGCUUCUUGUCCACAUCUUCAUCGGCAGCCGCAUCGCCCUCCUUGUCAAAAAAGGCGACGAGCUCACUUUUGGCGACAAGGCCAUCAACAUCUUCAGCAUGGCAUUUGGCGGUGCUGUCGGUCUCAUUGUCGGAUACGCCAUCUAUGGUCGAACCAUGGCUCGCGCAGCUGCCAUUUCCAGAGAGCAGGGCGAUGUCGAUGCUGAAGAGGGCCACGGUGGCUACUCUAGCAGCGGCAACGGCUAUGCCGAUGCUGGAAGUGGUCUCAUGGAUCCUGAAGAUGCUGCUGCAAUCAUGUCCGACGAUGAUCUCUCCAUGUGGGGUGAAGAAGAUGCUUUUGGAGACACCGACGAUGAAGCACACAAAAGUAGUGGGCGCUAG